AUGUCAAGCGAGCAAGCGAAACGUCCAGUGCGAGUUGCAAACUGCUCUGGUUAUCAUGGCGAUCCGGCGUACGAGAUGUAUCGCCAGGCAACCCUGGGCGAUGUCGACUUCAUAACAGGUGAUUACCUAGCUGAGGUCAAUCUCGCCAACAAUGCCGAUGCCUGGCGCGCCGGAAAGCACCCCGGCUACGAGGAAACAGCAUGGGAGGGCAUCCAGCAGACCAUCGAUGUCAUUGCAGAGAAAGGCAUCAAAGUAGUCAUCAACGGCGGCGCACUCGACCCCAAAGCACUCGCACUGAAAGUCCAGGGCCUGGUCCGAGAAAAGAACCUCAAUCUUCGUGUCGCAUACCUAUCCGGAGAUGACUUAUACGACAGGGUCGGCCCCAACAUGCCCACAACCAAAGAGGAACUUCAGCAUCUCGACUCAGACAACUCCUCCGCGUCUCCAAACUCUUUGACGUUUGCUUUCCUCCGAGGCACGGCAGAAGGCGAAGCCAUACCUAUGGUAUCAGCGCAUGCAUACCUUGGAGCGCGUGGGAUCGUCCACGGUCUUCGGCGCGGUGCGGACAUUAUUCUCUGUGGCCGCGUUGCUGACGCCAGUCCUGUCAUUGCAGCAGCUUGGUAUUGGCAUGACUGGGCGCAGACAGACUACGAUGAGCUUGCCGGUGCGCUGAUUGCAGGCCAUCUGAUUGAAUGCUCUGCGUAUGUGACCGGCGGCAACUUCUCCGGUUUUGACAAAUAUGACCUUGACGACUUUGUUGCGCCAGGAUUUCCCAUUGCUGAGAUUGACGCGCACGGGACUUGUGUGAUUACCAAGCACCAGGGUACCAAAGGCAUGGUCACGGUUGACACAGUGCGGUGUCAGUUCCUGUACGAGUUGCAGGGGACGGUGUACUUGAACAGCGAUGUCAAUGCCUACAUCGGGAACGUGGCCGUUGAGGAAGUAGGAAAGGACCGCAUCCGUGUCUCAGGAAUCAACGGGUCCGCACCGCCGCCAACAACCAAACUCGCCGUCUUCUACCAUGGCGGCUACGAGGCCGAGAUCCUUCUCAAUGCGACGGGCUACGCUACGUCUAAGAAAUGGGACCUACUUGAGAAGCAGAUCCGUCGUUUUCUUCCAGACUCAGCGUUGAAGGAGCUUGAGACGCUGGAAUUUCAACGAAUCGGCACCCCCUCCCCAAACCCAACAUCUCAAGCCUCCAGCACAACAUACCUCCGCAUCUUCAUUGCCGCACGCUCACCCCAGGCCGUGGACGCAGUAGGGCUAGCGCUGAGAAGCGUCUCACUGAAGCAUUUCUCCGGCUUCCACAGCACCCUCGACAUGCGCACCGCAAUCCCCCGCCCCUUCCUAGCAUACUAUCCCGCCCUAAUCGCGCAAUCAGAUCUCGACGAGAAAAUCAACAUCCUCAACGCCGACAACACAAUCACAGCCCUUGACACCGGCCACCCACCAACCUAUGCACCCCUCCAGCCGCGCGAGAACUACGACCCGCCUUCAUCUUCGUCUUCUAUCUAUGAGACUCUCCUGGACCUCAACGGUCCAAGCAAGCAAGUAAAGCUAGGCGAUAUCGCCCUCGCGCGCUCAGGCGAUAAAGGCGGGAACCUGAAUAUAGGCUUCUUCGUCCCGUCUUCUCUCCCGGGUUUAACACGGGGUAAACAGAGGCAGGAACAGCUUACCCUCUGGCUCCGGCACUACCUUACGACCGCUCGAAUGCGCGCCCUGCUUGGUGAGGACUGGCGCGAUGAGUACUUCAUUGAGCGGGUUGAGUUCCCGGUUAUUGGGGCGGUGCAUUUUGUUGUCUAUGGGAUUUUGGGACGCGGGGUUUCGAGUUCGAGUCGGUUGGAUGGGUUUGGGAAGGGGGUUGCGGAUUGGAUACGGGAUGUGCUGGUUGAUGUGCCUGUUUCUUUGCUGGGAUGA